CAGCCUGGCCAGGGUCGCGUGCUGCCAUCCGGCCCCGGGAGCUGAGCCCCAGGGCCGCCCGUGACCCAGGCCCCCGGGAGCUGCACCCCAAGGCACCUGUGACCCGCCCUGGCCUGGCCUGGCCUGGCCUGGCCUGCGCCAGCCUGAGUCAGAGGCGUCCCCUCCCACCGGACGCCUGGCCAGCACAGCAGGAAAUGGUCCAGAUUGCUCAAUGUGCCCGGGUCUAAAGGCUGCUGCCCCUGGUGAUGCUGGAAGUUGCCCGCGCCCAGCGCCAGCACCAGCCCCGGGAGAAGCGCCGGGGAUCUGGCCAUGCUGGCCCUGCGCCUGCCCCUCGUCCUGUUGCUGCUGGCGCCGGCACUGCCCGAGUCCCUGCCUGCCAAGACCGUCUCCCAGAAGGAGGCCGAGUUUGACAAGAUCUACUCGGACUGGGUGAACAGCGAGCUGGUGAACAUCUACACCUUCAACCACACCGUGCUGAGGAACAGGACCGAGGGCAUCCGGGUGUCGGUGAACGUGCUGUCCGAGCUGAAGGACACGCCCGUGCUCUUCGUGGUGAGGCAGAAGGAGGCAGUGGUGUCGUUCCAGGUGCCGCUGAUCCUGCGGGGCCUCUACCAGAGGAAGUACAUGUACCAGGACGUGAGCCGCACGCUGUGCCAGCCCCAGGCCAAGACCGAGUUGGAGACGCAGUUCUUCUACGUGGACGUGUCCACGCUGUCCAUGAGGAACGCGUCCUACCAGCUACGGGCCACCCAUGUGGAGAACUUCGUGCUCAGGACGGACGAACGGUUCAGCUUCAACGCCACGGCCGCCCAGCCACAGUACUUCAAGUAUGUGUUCCCGAAGGGGGUGGACUCGGUGAUCGUGAAGGUGACCUCGGCCAUGGCCUUCCCCUGCUCCGUCAUCUCCAUCCAGGACAUCCUGUGCCCCGUCUAUGACCUGGACAACAACGUGGCCUUCAUCGGGAUGUACCAGACCAUGACCAAGAAGGCGGCCAUCACCGUGCAGAGGAAGGAUUUCCCCAGCAACAGCUUCUACGUGGUGGUGGUGGUGAAGACGGAGGACGAGGCGUGUGGCGGGAAUCUGCCUUACUACCCCUUCUCCAAAGACGAACCCGUAGAUCAAGGCAAUCGGCAGAAGGCGCUGGAGGUGGUGGUGUCACCUGCUAUUACCUCGGAGGCCUACGUUAGCGGCAUGCUCUUCUGCCUGGGCAUCUUCCUCUCCUUCUACGCGCUGACGCUGCUCAUCGCCUGCUGGAAGAGCUGCAGACAGCAGAAGAAGAAAGGGCUCCUGGCUGCCCUGGGCUCGCCCAGCACCGACACGGCAUCUUUACUGGGCCAUGCCCGUGCCACCCCCGACUCUCUCCUCGGGCGUCCCUAUGAUGGCUACGGCUAUGGCUCCUUCGAGAACGGCUCCACCCUGAGCACCGAGGGCAUCACGGACAGCAUGGGCUCCACGGAGGUCUCCUACGCGUACGCAGGGCAGGACCCGUUCAAGCGACGCGUCUCCUCCAGCCAGACGAGGCACCUGGCCAUUGCGAUGGAGCGGUCGCUGGAGAACGUGGCCAGCCGGCCCCGCUUGGACUCGCUCAGCUCCGUGGAGGAGGACGACUACGACACGCUGGCCGACAUCGACUCCGACAAGAAUGUCAUCCGCACCAAGAAAUACCUGUCCGUGGCAGACCUGGCCCGAAAGGACAAGCGCGUGCUGCGGAAGAAGUACCAGAUCUACUUCUGGAACAUCGCCACCAUCGCCGUGUUCUACGCCCUCCCGGUCAUCCAGCUGGUCAUCACCUACCAGACGGUGGUGAACGUUACAGGCAAUCAGGACAUUUGCUACUACAACUUCCUCUGCGCCCACCCGCUGGGCAACCUCAGCGCCUUCAACAACAUCCUGAGCAACCUGGGCUACAUCCUGCUGGGCCUGCUCUUCCUGCUCAUUAUCCUGCAGCGGGAGAUCCACUACAACCGGGCGUUGAUGCGCAGCGACACUAAUGCCCUGGAGUGUGGCAUCCCCAAGCACUUUGGGCUCUUCUAUGCCAUGGGCACGGCGCUGAUGAUGGAGGGGCUGCUCAGCGCCUGCUACCACGUCUGCCCCAACUACACUAACUUCCAGUUCGACACCUCCUUCAUGUACAUGAUUGCGGGGCUCUGCAUGCUGAAGCUGUACCAGAAGCGCCACCCCGACAUCAAUGCCAGCGCCUACAGCGCCUAUGCCUGCCUGGCCGUCGUCAUCUUCUUCUCCGUCGUCGGGGUGGUCUUUGGCAGAGGGAACACGGUGUUCUGGAUCGUCUUCUCCGUCAUCCACAUCUUCGCCACCCUGCUUCUGAGCACGCAGCUCUACUACAUGGGCCGCUGGAAGCUGGACUCGGGGAUCCCACGCAGGAUCGUGCACGUGAUGUACACGGAUUGCAUCCGCCAGUGCAGUGGGCCCAUGUACGUGGAUCGGAUGGUGCUGCUGGUCAUGGGCAACAUCAUCAACUGGUCCCUCGCUGCCUACGGCCUCAUCAUCCGCCCCAACGACUUCGCCUCCUACCUCCUGGCCAUCGGCAUCUGCAACCUGCUGCUCUACUUCGCCUUCUACAUCAUCAUGAAGCUCCGGAGUGGGGAACGCAUCAAGUUCAUCCCGCUGCUCUGCAUCGUCUGCACCUCCGUGGUCUGGGGCUUCGCCCUCUUCUUCUUCUUCCAGGGUCUCAGCACCUGGCAGCAGACCCCGGCUGAGUCGCGGGAGCACAACAGGGACUGCAUCCUGCUGGACUUCUUCGACGACCACGACAUCUGGCACUUCCUCUCCUCCAUCGCCAUGUUCGGCUCCUUCCUGGUGUUGCUGACCCUGGAUGAUGACCUCGACUGCGUCCAGCGCGACAAAAUCUACGUCUUCUAGGCUCCUGGCCGCAGGCCCUGGCAUGUCCAGCACCUCCCGGGCAGGGCUCCCACCACAGCUGCGGUUGGCGGGGAGGCUGCAGCAGCGCCCUUGGCUUGGGGACUCUCUUUGGGGCGGCUCCGUGCCGCCCGUCCCUGCUGCGUUGGAGAGCGCUCCCCUCGAUCCUGCCCACAGCCUGGCCAGCCCCGGGAGCUGCGGCAGGUGCAGAUGGGGCUGGGGCCAGAGGGGCUCUGCAGAGGCACCUGCCCCUUGCCCUUGGGGUGGGUCGCACUGGAGCCACGGGGCCUGUGGCAUCACCCGGGAGGUGGCCGGUUCUCGGCGCAGCAGCUGGCAGGCUCCAGCCGCACAGCCGGGCUCCACGGCAGAGGGGGGAG